CAAGACCAGGAGCGCCAUGACGGACGUGCACAGGAGGUGGCCUAACGGCAUCAUUCCGUAUGUAAUCUCACAGACAUACGACGAGAGCGAGCGCGCCACCAUCGCUAAGGCCAUGAGCGAGUACCACUUGAAGACCUGCAUCCGCUUCGUCCCCAGAACCAUCGAGAAAGAUUACAUCCACAUUCUUAAAGGAGAUGGGUGCUCGAGCUCAGUGGGCCGCGUGAAGGGCGCCCAGCAGGUGUCCCUCGGGCCCGGUUGUCUCUACGUGGGAAUAGUCAUGCACGAGUUCAUGCACGUGGCCGGCUUUUGGCACGAACAGUCCCGCUCGGAUCGUGAUAACUACAUCACGAUCAACAAGCUGAACGUACAGGACGGCAUGUGGUACAACUUCGAGAAAUACGGAUGGGACAAGAUUCAGAGCCUCGGCGUGGGAUACGAUCUCGAGUCCAUCAUGCACUACGGCCCGUACGCCUUCGCCAAGGAAAGGAAACCCACCAUCAUCCCGAGGGAGACCGGGGUGGAGAUGGGGCAGCGCAGGGGCUUCUCCAAGCGAGACAUAGAGAAACUGCAGAAGCUCUACAACUGCGCCAACACGACUUUCUUCACGACGAACGCCCCUGCCGACGUGCCUUCGACAAAGGAGUGCGUCGACAACAACGACCAGUACUGUACCCCCUGGGCCGACCGGGGUGAGUGCGAGAACAACCCGAUCUGGAUGAACGUCAACUGCAGGAAAGCUUGUCGGCAAUGCGGUGGUGCCACAGGUAAGGAGUGCCAGGAUCACAGCGUUCACUGCAGGAUCUGGAUGGAGAUGGGCGAGUGCACCGAGAACGUGGACUAUAUGUCUCUCUUCUGCAAGAAGUCUUGUGGCCUGUGCAUGGAUACCGAACAAGCUGAUUCCCCCAUGAAGCGGUGCGAGGACAAGAACCGCUUCUGCCACUCUUGGGCCAAGAUGAACAACUGCUUGACCAACCCCGACUAUAUGCUCGUCUAUUGCAAAAAAUCGUGCAAGCAGUGCUAAUCUCGGAGGACUUCGAUGCUGGGAAUCAUUGAGUCGUUCACGGAAGGCCUUGAGAAGUUGAGUUUGUUCUCUACAGAAAAAUACAGAUGGUUGAUUUCUUCCAUGUACAUGUGUUUAUGUACUAUGUAUGUUUACAUACAUUUAUACGCGUCUGCUUGCUUGUUUGAUCGUUUGUAAGUGAAUGAAUAUGUGUGUGUGUGUAAACGGGUAUAUAUGUGCAGAUAUCUACUUUCACAAACACACACACACACACGCACGCACGCACGCACACACACACACACACACACACACACACACACGCGCGCGCGCGCGCGCGCGCAAAUAAUUGUAUGCCUGUAUUUUAAUCAGAACUAGUUACAUUAGUUUUUAUACAACGUGCCAACGAGUUAUUAAUAAUAGUAACAAAUUGAAUUUACAAUUUAUGUGUCACAUCUUUAUUGUACCAUCACAAUGAUAUUUAAUUAGCAUAUUGUUGAAGCUCUGACAUAUUAAAAAAUAAUGCCAAGGGAUUUUUUCCAACAUAUGCGUUCCAUUGUGCUUUGGGUUCGUUCACUUUUUCCCAACAUUUUCUUAAGCGUAAGACUGACUGACUUUAGCCCCGCCCACUCUGAUUCUAAAGGCUAUGUAAGAAAAUAAAAGCAGCCAAAGUGUUGCUAAUUACAUACCCAUG